UUAUCUAUAGUCUUUGAUCUGAGAUACUUUAUUUACUUUACUUUUUCAGAAUAUUAAACAAUUUACAAUAGGCUGCAUUUUAUUAAUUUGGUCUCCGAUUCAUUACAAUUGUUACAAGCCUUCACACCCAUUAUAUAUAUUUAUAGUGCUCUUUAUCAUUUACUUCCGUAAAGAUUUUCACUCAAUUCGUCAUCAAAGUGAUGGUUGAAGUUUGUUGAAGUGUCUCGAUUAUUUAGCCAAGACGUGUUAUACAAGUUGUUUAUAGUGAAAUGUGGCGUAAAUAGUUGUUACUAUCGCGUGUGAAAUGUCACAACAUGGAUACCCUGAAAGACUUUCGAAUUCUUCAAAGGGAUUCCAAGAAGAUGUACAAAGUCAGCAAACCAUGGAAGUUUUGGUGGAGACCCUUACUGGAACCGCAUUCGAAAUCACGGUAUCACCUUUCGACACUGUUUUCGAUAUAAAGUCGAAAAUCUAUAGAGUGGAAGGUAUACCAGUCUCUCAGCAGCAUCUUGUGUACAAUUUACGUGAGCUGGAGGAUGGGCUCUCUUUGCGCGACCAGUCCAUAUCUGACGGGGCAAAGCUCCGGCUUGUUCUAGGCCUCAGAGGCGGUCCUGUGGCAACUCGCCGGCUUCCACCUCCUGAGCCCUGGCAUGAUCUUGAGAGACUGUUCGCUCCUAAGAGUGGUGAAUGCGAGGGAAGUGGAGGGUCUGGUAGCGGCUGCAAAGUGACCGUGGUCGUGUUCCGGGAGGGAGAGCGGGUCAAUAUGCUGCGAGUGAAGGAGAACAAGGAUGGCACCUUCGAACAUCUGGACUCUAAUAAAUAUUCGUCAUCACUAAGCCACCUCGUAGAGUGCGACUCUGAUGACGGCGCGGGCGGGGUUCGGCCGAGUGGUAGCGGGGCAGCGGGCACAAGCGGAAGCGGUGGCGGCCACAGCAGUAGAGCGGUUCGCGAAAACGCGGUCACUAUGGCCAAGAUGUUGCAGCUGCGAAGGAGGAUGCAUUCACUGACCACGCGGACUCCUGACAAUCACUUUAAAGGGAAACGGGACAUUCAGAAGACAAGGAGUGAAGAGAUCCUGUCUGUUGCCAGCCUGUUGGAUGAUGGACCCGACCCCGACUACCGCUACACGUUCGAGGAGGCGUACGACGGGAAGUUCACGCGUUUCCACUGCGCCAAUACGCUGCUCCCGCCCAUUGGGACGCGCACGGACUCCGCGCCGCUCAUCCAGGACGAGAGGUUGAAGCUGUCGGAUGCUCUUUCGGGGUCCAUCCUGGUGAAGCGCGAGGGAGCCGCGCCCGAAUUGAACCCCGCGAUCACUCCAUUGCACGCUGCUGAUUAUGGUGGGGUCGCGGUCGGCGAGGCUGGUGAAGGCUGGCGCGGACGCGGACUGGCUGGCGGAAGACACGCGGCGCUGUUCUCGUCCUCCACCUCAGACCUGGAGCGACUCAACAGGACCAGAAUUCUUCCCGCGCUUAGUAGGUAUCGAAACCGCGAGCAUCUGCAUCUUAGCGACGAAGGGCUGGACAUGGCGGCCUCCGCCAGGCCUCCUCUGAACCUCGACAUGGCAGCUUCACCCAGACCUCCCGCGAGGCCUCAGCCCACUGUCGAAGCGGGCUCCGAGCGGCGGCAACGACGCAUCGACAAGAUAACAGAGCUGGAGAACAGGAUUCUUAAACCGGAUGUUGCACAAAGAAAAUCAGAACCAGAGAUAGCUAUGCAGCCGAAAGUUACAGAGAAAACUACCGACACCGUUGGGAACGAGAGCAAAAGUGAGAAGAAGGGUCGAAUGCGGUGUUCUUGGUGCAAGCGCCGUGUCACCAUAGCAACCGUGCACGUGUGUCGCUGCGGGGCGAGAUACUGCGCCGCUCACAGAUACGCUGAAGUGCACGGAUGCGCCUACGACUACAAGGCGACGCCCGUCCCGCACGUGCCCGCUACCACUCAGCUGCCCAAGAUAUAGCGCCGCACUGCGCAUGCGCACCACAUGCGCUCCAUAUACAGGUGCACUCACGCAACAUUGACUCUUUAUAAUAUACACAUACACACAGCAGCCCAAUAUCAAUAGGAUGUUUACUUUUUUUGCUCAAAAUUCUCAAAUACGUAUCGGUCAUUUGACCACUCUGAUGACACAUAAUCAAAAUAACCGUAAAAUAAUGAAAAGAACGAUAAAUAUCUCGAUUUUCAUUAAAAAAUAUGAGUUUUUUAAUUGCAUGUGCUGUCUUGAGUUGCAUAAGUUGAUGCUUCGUGGGGGCUCUACGGUAUUUUGUUGUCUAUGGGCUUGACUAUUAAACUUUGGACAAAAUUAUAAAUGUAACUUUUAAAUAUGGUUUGUGUUUUUCUUUCUAAAUUAAAAAAAAUUGCAUUGAAAAAGGUAAAAGAGUAAACAAUACAAUAGGUAUUGCAUUUGACAACAGAUUACCCAGGUCUGUAAACCGGAAACCGACACUUGAUAACCGGUUUGCGGUAUCCGGUGAUGUAUAUAAAGUGUCUUAUCUGUAACGGUUACUAAUUAGAUGUUAACAUAUAAUUCACUACUUGAAUGUUUACAGUAGUCAUAUCGUCAUGAGGAGUUUUUCCGACUACCCUCCAUUGUCGCCAUUUACAAAUGUUAUGUAAUGUUAAGAUUGGAUAAGGCUCGACGUACAUUUUACAACUUUCAUAUUAUGUAAUGUUUUUCCUAGCUGAAUUAGAGCACUUUUAACAAUUUUCUCUUUUCUACCUACAGUGGAGAUGUUUAUCAAUAGAAAAUUAAAUUAUGUGGUCUUUUCUAAAUCUAUAUCCUAUAUGAUUGUCUGAAUUUAGGUGAUAAUUUAUUUCUGUCUCGUGAACCUUUUGAAUUGAAUUAAUAUUAUUAAAAAAACGUAAAAGAACAUUUUUGAAUUUCUUUCGAAAUUAGAAAUUGUAUUUAAUGUUGAUUGUUAUGAUGUCACCAUAUACAUUAAUUUCUCCAGAGACACAAAGCAACAAGAUAAAUGAAUUAUGAGUGUUUUAAUUGUAAAAUAAAAUUAUAUCGACUUUGAAAAACUCCUACGCGACAUCGUUUUUAUCAUAUUGUAUUAGGGUUUCUCCCAUAUUAUCGUAUUUUAGUUGCUUGUACUAAUUAGUGUCUAGAGGACUCGCUAAAUUGUAGCUGAGAGGUAGGUGCGAGCGACUGUCGAUUGUGAUAAUAUAUAACUAAGUAUAAAAUGUUAUUAAAUGCCAUUCGAGUGUUUGUUUUCGUAAAUAAAAAUAUAAUAAAUGGAAAAAUUAUCAAAAAAAAAAAUAUAUAAAUAUUAAUGAAAUGAUAUAAAUACUCUGUGUCCUUUAGUUCGUUAUGUGCUAGACUGGUUUCUGUAGGCCGCGUACAGAUUGUUUGAAACGAUAAUCGCAAUAGAUUUUAUCCGAAGAUACCUCCCGGAAAACAUGAAAUAUUUGCCUGACAAAUUGGGGUUGUGUUGACCGUUCGUCGUCUCUCGUUUUACCGCUCGUCCGUUGAAUGUUAAAUAGGAUUGGAUAAAAAACGUUAUUAACAAACCUCUAAAGAAACGAACGCAUAAGGGUCUACGAUAUUUGUACUAGCGGUGUAUUGCAAGAAGUAUAAUGUAAUCUGUAGCAAUACUGUGAUAGCCGUUUUGACUUUUGACGUUAUUCCGCUGGUAAAUUUCCGUCAAUAUUACUAAAAAUUACAAAGAACAAUUAUUUAGAGAUAAUAUUUUACGUUAAUAAGUUUAAAAUAAUGCCAUUUCGCUUUUGAGACGUUAUAUCGGAACGGACACCAUAGCGCGUCACUAGUGUGUGCGUACAGUCGCGUCGCAAAUGCCGUUACAAGUAAUCAAUACGCGGUUUUAUAUUAUUCGUUGUAUUUUGUAAUGUAUAGAAUAGUUGUGUGGUCGAUGUGACACAUAUAGUGUGCGUCCUAUAUAUAUGUAAUAUCUGUUCUUCUCAAAACGGUAGUUGGCUAAAUGAUGAAUAUUUAAUACACCCGUUUUAGAGUAAUACAUAAAAACACAGAUUCGUUGUCAUCAUAUUGCGUCAUAAAAAAGGCCACAAUUUCAUAUUAUGGUUAAUGGCAGUCACUUGUAUUAUAUAUUUUAUUAUAAUAUAUAAACACAUUUUGAAAUUUAGAUGUAAAUUCAAAGUACUGACUGUGUUGCUAGCUAUUAAAUAUUAAAUACACAAUUGAAGGUAUAUUGUCACAAGUGCAAAUUAUCACGCAUAGUAGAAAUGACCAUUCGAUUGUUUUAGGUCUAAAGUAAUUCUAAAGUAAUAUAUCUGGUGAGUUUAGUGUCUCUUGUGACAAUAUUGCUUUAAUCAAUAACAGUUUGAAUCAAACAAUGUGGAUUUUUUCUAGGUGCCUUAUAGAAAACACCGAUAUCGAUAAUACGUCCAUAAUGAAUUUUUCGAAUCCCUCGCGUGUAACAUGUCCCUUAUCGUUAACUUUUAUAACUCUAGAAGGAGCAUGCAGAUAGAUGUGGCCAGUGGUUGUGUAAAAAUGACAUAACUUUGACAAAAUAGCAAUUAAUUCCUAACGAGACAAGAUCACACAUUCAAUAAUUGAAUUCCAAACAAUUUCUUAUUUUUAAAGUGAUAACCCUCACUUCUGGGAUUAAUAAUUAUAGAAAUUAAAUUUGUAAUCAAAAUUAAUAAAGGAUUCGGGAGUCGAACCGUUCGUCCGUUCGAGUGACGCAUGGAUUGUAAAUCUUGGUAUGUCUUGUUCAACUCUUUCUUCUUUUCUUUUUAACUAAGAUUCGAAAAUAUGCAAUUAUUGAAGUUAAGCAGGCUGUACUACCCUAACCCCAAUAGUUGCUAUAUAUUGCCCAAUAAUUAUUAUAUAAAGCAGACCCUGUAGAUGGAGCCACAACUUGAGAGUUGCGUCACUCGAACGGUUGGCUCAAUUGGUUGGGUUUGAGGCCCGUAUCGUUCAUAAAUUUUGUUUACAAAUUUAAUUUGUAUAAUUCUAUUCCAGCUUAUUACGCAGUACAAUAAUAACGUUGUAAUAUAUUAAAUAGCUCAAUCGAGCAGUGUCAGCCAUCUUGCCCAAACAGUUCCUAGAAUCCACCAACAGAGGGCAUGCUCCUUGUAGACUCAACUGCACACCGUUAUUGUGGUGUGUCAGGUUGGUUACUCGCAUCGUAUGCCGCGCAUCGGUUGGCUCUGAAUGGUACAGUCGUCACGUAUAUUAUUACUAAUUAUUUAUAAUUAAAUUGAUAAUGUAUUGAAAUUGAUUAUUUAAUUAUGUGUCAGUUAUAUAAUCGAAUGUAUUUUCGAUUUAACGUCCAACUACGUGUCAUGUAAUUGUCAUAUGAUGUUUACGUAUCUAGUCUGGUCUGCAGUUUAUUUUACUAUUUCAAUUAUUAUUAUCAUAAUUUUGUUUUUAGUUUAAAUUGCACUGGUAGCAUUUAGGGGGUUAACACGAGGUUCCAAUGUUAAUAUGAAGCGGUGGUUUUGUUUUAAUCUUUUGGCUUAUUAACAUUUUCGAUGUUGAGUUUAAAUAAUUGAAAAUGAUAUAUUUCUAAUAUUGUCUUGUACUUACAAGAUUGUAACACAUUGGAAAUAUGGUAUUAUUAAUGAGUUCGCCCGUUUCGUAAAAGAUGCAGUAAUAAUGUUAAAUUAACUGUUUGAUUAGUUAGUAAAUGAUAAUAAUAAUAAUAUGUUCACUGCGGGACAGUUUCAAAAUGUCGGUUUUGUUAAUCACAAUACCAUUGAGAGCCAACACAUCCCCACGUUUAAUACAAGUGUAGUUAUAUUAUAAUUAUUUAAGUUUGUAGAUUAUUUUUUUGGGAGAAUAAUUUUGGCUGAUUUUGAAAUAAAAUAUUUAUAAUGCGAAAGCGA